CUUCGCGCGAUUCACGAUCAUUGUGGUCCAUUGCAUUGUCAACAUGGUCAACCACGGGAUUUUUUUGUGUUACUGAAAUGUGCUCAGAAUUCAAGUAAUUCAUCUAUUAAAUGACAGACAAGAAACAAGUCAAAGAGUUCCAUGGACAAGCCAUCUACAUGUAGACGCUCCAGUGGCGGCUGUGGUGGGUCACCUGAUGCCCUCAUUUACAUGUGCAGUGGUAAGCUGUAAGAACACAAGUCGAAGUUUUCUCAAAUGGAACUCAAAAAUCUGUGACAUACACAAAUGCACCCGUAAAGAGGAACUGUGCACCUGCAAACCUCCUUAUAGGUUUCUUCCAUUCCCAACACAAAAAUUUCCACAACUGCGUGGAGAGUGGAUCCGUAAAAUAAGGCGUGUAGAUCCUUCAACCAAGAAGCCAUGGAUUCCUAAGCACUUCAGCAGGGUUUGUUCGAUACAUUUUGUUGAUCUUGCCCCAUCUGCAAGUCGUGUCCCUACUUUGCAUCUUGGAUAUGAUGUGCCUCUACCCAAAUCUAGAAGAACAAUAAAGCGAACAGUACCAGACCCUGUGACUGCUGGACCUGUCCCAAAGGUUGUUAGAGCUGAUUCAGCUGAACCAUCUGUUGCGUUAAAAGUUAAAAAUGUUCUUGCCGAAAGUGGACACGAUUAUAGAAUAUCAUGUAAAUGUGCUGUAUCAUGUCAUUGUAAAGAAGCUGCGACAAUCAUCCGAUCAUUAGAAGACGAAGUUGAGAGGCUUAAAAAAUUAGAGGACAAACAUACAUUUUUUCAUUCAUUGUCUGAUGGUGAUAUCAGUUUUUAUACAGGUUUUCCAUCAAAAACUUUAUUUCAGAGUGUAUUUUCUUUCAUUCAGCCGAAGGCAAGACGAUUGAGAUAUUGGAAAGGGGCCAAGGAGGCUAAAUCAAAUGAGAGACUCCUUUCCGGUACAAAAAAUUCACCAAAGAAGCGUGGUCCGAUAAGGAAGCUCGAAUUAGUAGACGAGUUUUUGCUCGUUUUAAUGAGGUGCCGGCUUGGCCUAUUGAACCGAGAUUUGGCCAAGCGUUUUGGUGUAUCACCAGCAUCUGCAUCGCAUAUUUUCUUUACGUGGAUCAAUUUUUUGGCUGAAGUUUUAGGUCCUUGUGUGUGGUGGCCAUCAAAAGAUAUUGUUCGUCGCAACCUUCCAUCAGCUUUUAGGACCAAGGAAUAUAGGAACGUUAGGUGCAUUAUAGACUGCACAGAAAUUUUCAUUGAGCGGCCCCGUAAUCUCUAUCUACAGGCUGUUACAUGGUCAGAUUACAAGAAACAUAAUACCAUCAAGCUUUUAAUUGGUAUUACUCCUAAUGGCCUAAUCUCUUUUCUGUCCGAUAUCUGGUGCGGGAGAGUAACAGAUAAACACAUUGUUCAGGAAUCUGGAUUUUUGAAUUUACUCGAAAAUCAAGAUACAAUUAUGGCUGACAGGGGAUUCCCGAUUACAGAAGAGCUCAUGAUGAGGCGAGCGUCACUAGUCAUCCCACCUGGCAAAAGAGGUCAGGAACAGAUGACCAGGCAACAGGUGAUGCAGACUAAAAAAGUUGCGAAUCUACGGAUUCAUGUAGAACGUGCAAUUAGGCGGCUCAAGUCUUUCCGAAUUAUAAAAGGAACUCUUCCGUGGAGUCUUAUUCCCUUGUCGGAUCAGAUAGUCAAAGUUUGUGCAGCCCUCUGCAACAUGCAAGACCCGCUAGUUGCAUGAACUUUCAUUCAUAAGCACAGUGUACAGUUUUUUCUUCAGGAUAAGUACCGGUAUCGUAUAAUGAACUCAUGCACAUGCAUCAUUUGUAUAAUAUUAAUUCUUUGAAUUGAAUCCUAAGCGUCAGAUUUAACACAUGUACAUGUAUGCAUAGUUGACUUUAAUAAGUUUUACUUUCUUGGAUGUAUAAUAUAUGAUAUAUUUUACUUUUCUAGUCUUUUAUGUCACAUAUUUUUGGGUGUGUAGUAGUCUACAGGGUGUAUGCCAAAAAAAUUAGUCCUCUGCCAAUGAAUUAAAAAAAAAAAAAAAUUGUACGGUCUAACGUUUACCUCACCUGUACAAACAUACAGUUCUUACAUUGUUGCAGCUUGCGUUUACUUAAUCUUAGAUUCUUUUUUACAAUGUAUGAAUUAUAAAUUAUAUUAUAUUUACAAUAAGCAACAUUAGGUUAGGUUUUAUGUAAUAUUCUAUUGACAGCUGACAAGUUACGAAGUAAAGGUGCAAUUCACUACUACCAAAAUAUUUACGCAACACGUUUUGAUAAUCACUUUCAUUAUUUGUUAUUUUAUUGUUUAAAUGUAUUCAGAUAUAAUGUACAAAACAUGAUCACUUACAGCAUGUACAUAUUGUUGUACUGGUAAACUGUUUGAAAAGCAAAUUUGUUUCAAAUACAUAACCGGUAAGUCCGGUAUACAGAACAUGACCUAAAAGGUCCUCUCAGGGUAUGACCAUAAAACAGUAUUGUAUCAUUAGUUGCCAGUAAGCUAAAAACAUGUACUUUUAUUUUGUAUAACUAUGUCAAAGUUAAUUGUAUACAGCUUGCUCUUGGCGGUGCCAAAAUAUUUAUGCUUUUAAUGCGCAUUUACAUGUACAUUGUAUACAAUGCUUAAAUUGCCAUCAGAUCAGAGCAAUGAGACGACUAAGAAGAGAAAAAAAACUUGAGUAUGAAAAACAGUGCGUCAAGGUUUCACUUCACAAAUGUACAUACACAUAUUAAAAUGUAAAUUACUAGUAUUAUUGUACUGUUACCUCAGAGCACAAUUACUGAAGACAAAAAACAUAAGUAUGAAAAGCAAUCUCAGGUUUCACUUGCCAGUUUGUACAAACAUGUAUACUGUAAUCAACUCUUGUUUACGCCCAUAGUGAGUGCACAUUUGAACCAAUCAGAAUUGCACAUCUAGUCACAUGAUAUGAUAUGAUAUGAAUUGCAAUUAUAAAGGCAAUUUUACAAUCAAUUGUGUCUUUAAAUGUACAUAUUUAUGGGACUUAUUCAUGAACAUCUCAGUUCAUGCAUGCAUAAGUCUACUGCAUGAACCAGGGAAAAAAACUGGCAUGAACACAUAUUUAUUACUGAAUGUUAAGCUACAUAAACCGGUAUGUAUUAUAUAACUUAAAAUUAUGUAAACAAUAAUACAAUAUUGUGAACAUCAUAUUUAUUCUCUGGAUUAUCACAUGCCAGCAUAUUGCUUUGCCAUACUCGAUGCAACCAAUGCCAUGCAGCUGCCAAGAAGUUCAAAUAUUAAACAUUACUUUGUAUUCAGCUUCCACUUUGCAAUUACUACUGCCAUAACCCUUAUUGAUUUAUUUUCAUAAAUGUUCAUAUUAUGCUCUGUUGUUGUUUCUCAAGAAACAUACUGUUUUAGUAACUUAUUUUAUAGUGUUCCUAAGAAAUAUGACUGUAAACUAACGAGCAUUUCUUGUAAUGACAGCUGUUGAAAAUUUGUUUGGAAAAAAAAAUCCAUUAAAUUGUCUUUCUCUUUA